CAGGGACCUAGCAGCGCCUGCCGGAGCUGAAGGCCGAGGGGCGGGGCGGGCCGGCCUGGCGGCGGCGCUUUCCCGAGUCACAGCGCCGGGCGGCUGCGGGAAGAUGCGGCUGCGGCUCCUGGUGCUGGUGGUGGCUGUGCUGCUGGGUCCGGCCCCGGAAGUGUGUGGCGCUCUCAAUGUCACUGUGUCCCCAGGACCUGUAGUUGACUACUUGGAAGGGGAAAAUGCCACUCUCCUCUGCCACGUCUCCCAGAAGAGACGGAAGGACAGCUUGCUGGCAGUGCGCUGGUUCUUCGCCCCUCAUGGCUCCCAGGAGGCCUUGAUGGUGAAGAUGACGAAGCUCCGGGUGAUUCAGUACUAUGGGAACUUCAGCCGUACUGCCAACCAACAGAGGCUGCGCCUGCUCGAGGAGCGUCGAGGAGUGCUGUACAGGCUGUCCGUCCUGACACUCCGGCCAGCAGAUCAAGGGCAGUAUGUCUGCAGAGUGCAAGAAAUCAGCAAGCACAGGAACAAGUGGACAGCCUGGUCUAACGGCUCCUCGGCGACGGAAAUGAGAGUGAUCUCUCUCAAAGCUGCUGAAGAUUCUUUGGAGAAAAAGAAAGUGACCUGGGCAUUUUUUGAAGAUCUGUAUAUGUAUGCCGUCCUUGUGUGUUGCGUGGGGAUCCUCAGCGUUCUGCUCUUCACCCUGGUCAUUGCCUGCCAGUCUGUGCUUCACAAGAGGAAAUCUAGAGUGAGACAUUAUUUGGUGAAAUGCCCUCAGAACAGCUCAGGGGAAACUGUCACCAGCGUGACCAGCUUGGCUCCACUGCAGCCACAGAAGGGCAAGAGGCGGAAGGAGCGGGCAGAUGUUCCACCUGCGGUCCCUGCCAAAGCUCCGAUAGUCACCACUUUCCACAAACCAAAGCUGCUGAAGCCACAGAGGAAAGUUGCCCUGCCAAAGAUCACCGAGGAAAACUUGACCUACGCUGAGCUGGAGCUCAUCAAACCACACCGGGCUGCCAAAGGCGUCCCCACCAACACCGUCUACGCACAGAUCCUCUUCGAGGAGAACCAGCUGUAGUGACACCUCCUCUCUGGUGGUCACCUGUGCUCCUGGUUAUUUAUGAUACUCAGAAACAAACGCCCUAUUUUUGUAUUUUCACCUGUGCCUUCGGCAUGGUGGGGAGGCCCUUCCCACAGCAUUCGGAUGUCUUCUAAGAGGUACACACUCCCCAUGAAAGAAGCUCUUGCCAUGUCUCCUAAGACAAGAGGUCCCUGGACUGAUCAGGGGGUACGAGGACCCUGCUUCGGAGGGUAUCUGCUGAGCCAACCCUAUCACCUUCUUCUCCUCUUCUUGAGUCUUAAUUUGUUAGGAAAAAAAUUAAAUCUUAAUUUUGAUCAGCUACCCACGCCGUGUCUAAAACAUCAAGCACUCCAUUUAUAGACACAAGAAAUGCCUAUCGAGGCCACAGAGAGAGGCGGUUCUCUGAGGUUCAAAUGGUAAUGCUGGGGCGCCCAGAGCACAGCAAGCCCCUGAUGGUGAUGGCAAGCAGCCACUUAGGGUGGCAAACAUCGUUUUUAAUAGAUGCUCUGAAGCUGACCACGUAACGUCAGGAGAGCUGGUGUCUAAGGUCUGUCUCAGAAAAUUGUAGUACUUCUCUUUAGACCCAUCCUUCCCGGGGGGGCUGUGGGUCCACAAAGAGCACCAUUGUAAAGUGCUUAUCCUCUUUUGGCAGAGAGGUAGGAAAACAUUGUUUUUCUUCUCUAAAGACUGGAGUGUGGUUCCAGUGGGUACAUCAUGUAAGUGAACAAAGUGUGCCAAGCUCAGUCAACUCUUGCUCAAGGGAAGACAGCCUUUCGCCAUUCCCUCAACAUAGGAAUGGAAGUAUGAGCCAUGCCGGAAAACUGUUCAGGAGAACUCAGCUCCUGACAACUGCUUUGUCCAUCUCAGCCUCGGAUGCUAACUCUGAUGGUCUCGGGUAGAUGUCAGAGGACUGUGGGGCAUAAGUCCACGGAGAAGUUGCUCUGUGGACCCACACAAUGUACAGAGAUGUCGUCGGACUUCAUGAAAGUAGCCCCACUCUGUGAGAGACAGAGAGACACCCUGGCAUCCGCAGUGCCGUUGAGGAUGCUUGUUGACUUCCGUGUACCCUGGUCGCCACUUACUACACUCUAUAAACGUUGUUUGGCUAUGUAAUUUACCGUGUAUAUAUGAUAAAUUAUCUAUUUUAAACACA